AUGACACUGUCCAUUCGUCCCGCGACCGAUGCCGACGUGCCCCGCAUCGCCGAGAUAUCCAUGGCGGCCUUUGACCCGGCCACGGACGCCGUCUCGCAGCACCUCCUGCCCGCGGCCCGGCGCCAGGACGGGACGUUGGGGAACGACUUUCGCGACUGGAGCAUCAUGCGCAAAACGGCACGGCUCAAGGCCCCCCGCAGCGUCAUGCUGGUCGCGGCGCGGGAUGGUGAGAUUGUGGGCUACGCGCUCUGGUUUCGGCCGUUGCGGGCAGGCGAGGACCAGGAGCCGCCGAAGAAGCCGCCGCUGAUGGCUGGGCUCGAUCCGGAGGCUGUGGCGGCUCUGCGCGAGGUCAUGAUGAAGGAAGAGCGCGACUCGUUUGGCGACAGGGGAGCCAGAGAUGUCUGGACUUUGGACUCGCUUGGCGUUGAUCCGAAGCAGCAGAGGAGGGGCAUUGGAAGGAUGCUUCUCGACUGGGGUGUACAAAAGGCCAAGGAGGAGCAGAGGGAUUGCUACCUGGUUUCUACGCCGUCUGGACUGCCACUGUAUGAGUCUGCUGGGUUUGAGACGCAAAGGGAAGUGCUUCUCUUUGGCGUACCACACAUGUCUAUGAUGAAGUGGCAUGUUGGACGGAAGAGCAACGGCGAAACUCAGUCGAUGGCGCCGCCGAUGGGGUCCCCGUAG